GAUUAUGGGCUCACGAAAACAUUCGUUAUCACUGUUUCAUCAACACUGGUCAGAAUGAACGAGUCGUUGGGAUGGAGUGACAGUUUGUUGGAUCCUAAUUCCAGUUUAUAUCAGGAAUAUGCAACUGAAAUUUGUGACCUGCUUUUGAACAGCAUGAAGUCAAAUUAUAUCAAGGGGAUAAUCAAUGUCACUUGCACAGUUGUCGGCUUCUCACGUGGAUCAGUAGUUGGAAGUGCAGUAUUAGCCAUUGAGUACAAUACAACUAGUGAGAAUUUUUCGUCAACGGAAGUGACAAAAGACACUGUUCAAAAUGCAAUUGUGGAAUACGUAGCAGAAUUGAUUACCAAUGGUUCAGAUAACGUGUACUUUGACACAACAAAUAACUUGACAAUAGAAGCCGUAAUUGAUGUCACAACCAGCGAAACGACCACUGAAUCUCAGAUAACUGAAACCCACAGGACCACGAUCAAUAGUCAAUGCAAUUACUUGUAUCGUAAUACUCCGAACUCUACCAGUAAAUUACCCUACAUAGUCAAUCUUUUGUGA